AUGUCUGAAACUGUCACCGCUGCUUUCAACGAAAUUGCUGCUGGCAAGCCAGAGCUUAAGGAUCUUAAGAUCGAAUCCGUCAAGGAAGUCAAAUCAGAGGGCGCCACAGUUCUUGUUAUCACAGUUCCAUACAAACAAAUCAAGGCCUUCCAAUCCGCCCAAGCCACAUUCCUUCCAGAUCUCGAGAAGAAGCUUAAUGCCCAAAUCUGCAUUAUUGGCAAGCACCGUGCAUUCCCCAAGACACCAGAACACGGUCGCCGCUUCAAGGCCAUCCGCAACUACGGCCGUACACUCCGUUCAGUCAACGAUGCCAUUCUUGACGAUCUUGUCUUCCCAACAGCUAUCGUUGGCAAGCGUGUCCAUUACGAUGUCAAUGGCAAGCAAGUUACAAGAGUUAUCCUCGACAAGCACGAUGCUACUCGUGUUGAGGAGCGCCUUUCUGGCUUUGCUGCUGCCUACAACCGCCUUACAGGCAUCGUUUCAGUUUUCGAGGUUGCUCAGAACUAA